AUGUCCGAUUUCAAUGACAAGGACCGCAAAGAGUUGCAACAAUUCAUCGAGAACGAACAACAGAAAUCAAAAUUCCAGACAAGUAAAUUCCCAAUGAAAUCUUUCCAGUUUGAAAUUCCUGAUGUCCACAAUUUGACCGACAUGUGCUGGUCUAAAUGUAUGACGUCCAAAAUUACUGGCACGGCAAUCGACAAAAGUGAAAAUUCUUGCCUGGAGAAUUGCGUCAAUCGAUUUAUCGACUCCCAGAAGACGAUCGUGAAGCAGCUAGACCACAUGGGCGGCAAGGCCUAA